AGCUCCGCGCAUCUGCCGCGGCGAACCCUACGGGAAGCCCAGCCCCGACGCAGCCGCUGCCCGCCGCCACGAUGACCCACUUCAACAAGGGCCCCUCGUACGGGCUCUCGGCCGAGGUCAAGAACAAGAUUGCUUCUAAAUAUGAUCAUCAGGCAGAAGAAGAUCUUCGCAAUUGGAUUGAAGAGGUGACAGGCAUGAGCAUUGGCACCAACUUUCAGCUGGGCUUGAAAGAUGGUAUAAUCCUGUGCGAACUCAUAAACAAGCUACAGCCAGGCUCAGUGAAGAAAGUCAACGAGUCUUCCUUAAACUGGCCUCAGUUGGAAAAUAUUGGCAACUUUAUUAAGGCCAUCCAGGCUUACGGCAUGAAGCCUCAUGACAUAUUUGAAGCAAACGAUCUCUUUGAGAAUGGAAAUAUGACCCAGGUUCAGACCACGCUGGUGGCUCUCGCAGGACUGGCGAAAACAAAAGGAUUCCAUACAACCAUUGAUAUUGGUGUGAAGUAUGCAGAGAAACAAACAAGACGUUUUGAUGAAGGAAAAUUAAAAGCUGGCCAGAGUGUAAUUGGUUUGCAGAUGGGAACCAACAAAUGUGCCAGCCAGGCAGGUAUGACUGCCUACGGGACUCGAAGGCAUCUUUACGACCCCAAAAUGCAAACUGACAAACCUUUUGACCAGACUACAAUUAGUCUGCAGAUGGGCACCAACAAAGGCGCCAGCCAGGCGGGAAUGUUAGCACCAGGCACCAGAAGAGACAUCUAUGAUCAGAAGCUGACACUACAACCAGUGGACAACUCGACGAUUUCCCUACAGAUGGGCACCAACAAAGUUGCUUCCCAGAAAGGAAUGAGUGUAUAUGGGCUCGGGCGGCAGGUCUAUGACCCCAAGUAUUGUGCUGCUCCCACUGAACCCGUCAUUCACAAUGGAAGCCAAGGAACAGGAACAAAUGGGUCAGAAAUCAGUGAUAGCGAUUACCAGGCAGAAUACCCCGAUGACUAUCAGGGCGAGUACCAAGACGACUACCCCCGAGAUUACCCGUAUGGCGACCAAGGCAUUGAUUAUUAGUCAAGCAGGGAGCUCAGUAUUUAGCCCGUUGUUUUUAUUCCGUGAGAACCAAGCUAGCCUUGAGUAAUUUUUAUCUCGUCUUCCUAAAACACUAUUAUGCUUAUUGUACUUAAAAGAAAUAUUGCCUUACAUACAUUCCUUUAUCCUUUUUUCAGCCUCUUCCCUAAAUAGUUGCCUUUUAGUGCUGUAACAGUUAAAUCCUACAGCAUCACUGAUAACUUACAUUUGAAGUCAAAAGGAAUACUGUGAAAGGGGAGUACUCUUGUACAGCUGAUUCUUCUAUUCAAGAUCUAUGCAUUUUUACACUCUUCUACUUAAACUGCUAUUUUCAAACAAUAGAAACCUAUUUUUUUUUUACAGUUUAGUAUCUGGUUUCUACAUGGAAGACUAAACCCCGUGCUUAUAGCUAAAUGUGGUCUUUGCCAACUAAAUUUAAGAUGCAGCAUUUUAGAAAUUUACAUAUGAAUGUUUCUACAGUAUUGUUUGCUAAUUUUUAAAUAAAGUUAUGAUCUGUGUGCA